AUGAAAGAUUUUAUGGAUAGAAACGAAAAACAUGUUUAUGAAAAGUAUAUAGAGAAUAAAAAUAAAGAUGAUAAUCGAAUUGAUAAUAAUAAGGGAAAUUUUCAUACAAAUGUAAAUAAAAAUAUUCAUAUGUAUACAAUGAAGAAUUGGUUAAAUAAAAAAGAAAAAGAGAAUAGAAAGAAAAGUUUGUUGAAUAUGAAUAAAACAUAUAAAGAAGAUGAUGAGAGAAAUAUAUAUUAUAAUAAUAAUAAGACUGAUGAGAAUACAUAUAAUAAUGUGGUUGAUGAUAAUUAUAUAAAUAAUAAUAAGAAUAAAAUAAUAUUUCAGCAUUUUCGUAAUACUGAAAGGAAGACAUAUUAUAAUGGUAUGGUUAAAGGUCGAGAAUUGUUAUAUAAAAAUAUAAAAAUGAAUGAAAAUAAGAAUAAUCAAAUAUCGAAUAUAAAUUUAACUAAUUAUUUAUUAGUACCUGAUGAAAUUCGACAUAAAUAUACAAAAACAUAUUUAUUUCAAAUAUCAAAAAGAUUAUUAGUUAUGAAAAAACCAUGGAGAUUACCAAAAAAUGUAGAAUUGCAAAUAAAUAAUGUAUAUCAUUUAUCAAAUUAUAUAAAAGUAUUAGAAAGAAUAGCUAGUGAAUAUUUAAAUGAUCCACCUAUUAAUUAUUAUUAUAGAGGUUUAGAAUUAUAUAAUAAAAAUGUUUUUGCAAAUAUAGAUUAUUUAUUAAAAAAGGUAGAUAUAAAAGAAGAUACUCAAACUUUUCAUUUAAAAAAUCUAAUUAAAAUAAAUGAAUGUUAUUAUGAUUUAAGUACAUUUGGAAAAUCACCUAAUACUAUAUUCUAUCAAUCCUAUAUUAUUUUAGAUAUACAUUCUAAUACUUUAACUUUAGAAGAUGAAUAUGAAAACCUUUUUGAAUCACAAAUAUUAAAUUAUGGAUAUGGAGAAAAAGAAUAUCCUAAUUUAAAAUAUUUAUUAAGUGUCUGUAGUUCUAUUUUAUUUUGGUUAAAUUUUAAUAAAAAAGAUAAUUUCGCAAUUAUUAAUUAUCAUAAAAUUAGUUCUUUUAUUCUUUUGAUUUUUUCUUGUGCUAUGCUAGCCAUUGAUAAUUCCCUAACAUUUGAUCAAAUACAAGAAAUCUUGUAUAAAUCUUCAAAAAUUAAUAAUAAUGAUAAUGAAGAUAAUAAUACUAAUAGUGAUACAUCCUCGAAUUAUUUUUCUAAUAAUAUUCAUAAUAAUUCGGAACAACACAAAAAUAAAAAUAUAUAUGAGGAAAACAACACUACUCAUGGAAUUGAUAUCCAUGAAAAUAAUAAUAAUAAUAAUAAUUAUAAUAUUAAUAAAUAUUAUAUUCGUGAAGAUGUAAAACAGCAUGAUGAUAUUUUGCUUAAUAAUAAUUUAGUACGUCCCAAAUUAUUAUAUAAUGAGAAAAGGGAAGGCCUUGAUGUUGAACCAAAUUUAUAUCUACCCACUUAUAAUUAUUUUGAAAAUACUAACUCGAAGAAACUCCUAAAUAAAGACGAAAAGUGUAGUGAAUCUACAUUAGAAUACAAAAAUAAUUAUGCUCCUAAUUAUAAUGAAAAUAUGCGGCAUACUAUAAAUGUAAAUAGAAAAAAUGUACUAUAUGAAAACGAAUUUGACGAUAUGAAAAAUAAAAAAAGUAAAGAUGAUAAAGUGUCAAGUACAUCUUGUGGUAUGGAUUCAUUAAAUAAAGACACUAAUAAAACAAAUAAUAAAUUUAAGGAUCAUCAUUUCUGGAUCCCGUUUGAUUAUUGGAAGGCAUCUCACAAAAGAUAUUUUUAUUAUAUGUAUGAUUUAAUAAAAAAUAAAAAUAAAAGAGUUGAAAAUAAUACCUUCAAAAUAAAAAGUAUUAUAUUUACAGAUUAUGCGCCUUGUUCGGUUUCUAUUGAGAUUUAUGAAAUUAUUUAUAAGGAUAAUUCUGAAUUGAAUUCGGACUUGCUUUCGGAAAGUGAAACGGAUGUGUAUGAUGAAAGUGAAGAAAAUGAUGAGAUUGAAGAGAAUGAUGAGAGCGAAGAAAAUGAUGAGAGCGAAGAUAAUGAUGAAAGUGAAGAUAAUGAUGAAAGUGAAGAUAAUGAUGAAAUCCAACAAAAUGAUAAUAGCCAACACAAUGAUGAAAUCCAACAAAAUGACGAAUGUGAUGAUAAAUAUAUAAAUACGCAUAAGAUGAAAGGAACCGAUACCAUUUAUGCAAGUAAUCAAAAUUUAAAACAUUAUUCAUUUCAAAAAAACGGGACAGGAAUAGAAUAUGAGGAAAAAGGCCUAUGGGUGUAUUCUGAUAGGGAAAAAAAGUUAGUUCCUGCUCCGAGAAUACCAAAAGAUGAAUUCAAAAGAUGUUCAAAUGAUGAAAACAUUGAUAAUAAUAAUAAUAAUAGUGAUUAUAAUAGUGAUGAUGAUGAUGACGAAAAGCAUUUAUGUGAAUGUUCACUAAAUAAACAUCACGGAAGAAAAAAGAAGAAUAAGAAGAAGAAUAAAAAAAAACAAAAUAUAAAAAAAUUAAGCGUAGAGCACUUUAGUCAAACUGUUUAUCCAAAUGAAAAUAAUAAAAAUAAUAUAAAUAAUAAAAAUAAUAUAAAUAUAAUAAAUAAUAAAAAUAAUAUAAAUAUAAUAAAUAAUAAAAUAUAUAGAAAAAAUUUUAGUUGUAAUGUACCAAGUCUUGAAACCAAACAAGCAAACAUUUUAGAUAUAAAUAAUACACCUAAAAUAGAUUUUGAUAUAUCCCAUUUAAAUCAAAGAAAUAAUAAAAAAAAAAAAAAAAAAAAAAAAAAAAUACAAAGUGAUCAAAAUAGUGUAGUAGGUACAAAUUAUCAAAAGGAUAUAUCUUAUAAUAAUAAAAGUUUAAUAGGUUUAUCACAUAAUAAAAUUAAUAGUUCAAUUAAUACACUUAAUGUAUUUAAUGAAGAUGAUUCGUUAACAUCUAUAAAUCAACAUUCUGAAAUACAUUCUAGAGUAGAAUCAGAAUUUGAUAAAGUUGAAAAAAGUGUAACUCAUUUAUGGAGUAACUCUAAUUUCCCAUUAAAAAAUCAAAUAAAAAAGGUAAGUUCUGUAUUUUCUCCUAGAACUAUUAAUUCAAAUUCAUCUUGUAAAUCUAUUUCCUUUGUGGAUAAGUUGACAAGUUCCAAAAGAGAUGAUUUUAGUUCUGGUAGGAGUAUACAAACAAGUGAAAGCAAAGAAUCCUUUUCUGAUAACAAAAAAAAUAUUAUAUAUGAUCAUUUUGAUAAGAAGGAAAAAAGUUCAUUUUUUUAUAAUAAAUCACAGAUAUUUCAUAAGGAUGAAAAUAAUAUGAAAAAUGACUUUAGUGAGUAUUUACAAAAAAUGAAAUCAAAAAAAAAAGAAACACACCAAAUAGAUAAGCAACAAGAUAUAAAACAAAAUGUAGAUGAAUACUAUCAUUUGAAGAACGACAAAAAAAAAAAUAAUAAAUACAAAUUAUAUGGAUUAUUAAAAAAUAAUUACAUAAAAGGUAAGGAAAAAGAUACUAAUGAUAAUGAAGAACAAAUUAAGUAUCAUAUAAAUCAUGAUAAUGAUAAUGAUAAUUAUUUAAAUGAAAAUAUGAAAAAGAAGAAAAAAAAAAUUAAAUCAGAAGAAAAAUGUAAAACGAAUUCUUCCAAGUGUGGGUAUGAAUAUUUUCUAAAAUGUAAUCCUAUUAAUUAUAAUGUAGUGUCCUCUUAUGAAAAGAAUAAGAAAAAAUAUAUCACUAUUGAUUUUACACAUGAUGCAGAAGGUAAUGUAAAAGAACAUAUAAUAUGUGGUGAUAUUUUGAUAUUAAUAGGACAUAAAAAUAUAGAGAAAUUUCAUAAAGGAUUUUCAAGUUCCUAUUCAUUUCAUACGGGUUUUUUAAAAAAAGGAUCAUCAGAAGUUCUUCAUCUAAAAAAAGAAGAUAUGGAUAUAAAUAUUAAUUAUGAUAAUUAUAUUCCGGAUAAUAUGAAAAUAUCAAUUAUUCUAGAUGCAGCUACAAAACAAGAUUGUUUAAGGUCAUAUAAAAAAAGUUUAAGAAGUAAUAACAAAAUGGAAGAGUUAGAAGCUUUGAAAAAUUUCGAAAGAAGAAAAUCUUUUGUUUUAAAUGAUUCUGCUGAAAGUGUAAUGAAUAUGUUACGUGAUUUUCCUAGUGAAUUUUCUCCAUCAGAAAAAACCUAUGAUUAUUUUGACAAAAUUAAUUCGUUAGAAAAAAUGAUGAAAUGUGCAAAGAAGUCGGACGUAACAAAUGAAAAUUGUGCAUCUACCGAAAAUAAUGAAAGUUUAAAAGAGGUGCUAAAAAAUGAAAAGCAACAAGAACAAAAAAAAGAUUAUGAAAAGGAUAAACAUAAAAUAUAUGACGAAAAUGAUAAACAUAAAAUAUAUGACGAAAAUGAUAAAAAUAAAAUAUAUGACGAAAAUGAUAAACAUAAAAUAUAUGAUGAAAAGGAUAAACAUAAAAUAUAUGACGAAAAUGAUAAAAAUAAAAUAUAUGAUGAAAAGGAUAAACAUAAAAUAUGUGAUGAAAAUAAUAAAAAUAAUAUAUAUGAUGAAAAGGAUAAACAUAAAAUAUAUGAUGAAAAUGAUAAAAAUAAAAUAUAUGAUGAAAAGGAUAAAAAUAAAAUAUAUGAUGAAAAGGAUAAAAAUAAAAUAUAUGAUGAAAAUGAUAAACAUAAAAUAUAUGAUGAAAAUAAUAAAAAUAAUAUAUAUGAUGAAAAUGAUAAAAAUAAAAUAUAUGAUGAAAAUAAUAAAAAUAAUAUAUAUGAUAAAAAAAAUAAUGUGGAAAAAAAUAACAAAAUAGAUAAUAAAACAAAUGUCUAUGAAUCCAUUGUUGAAAAACACUAUUGUGACCAUUCAGAUAUUGAAAAAAAUAAAGGACAAAAAAUUGAUAUACAAUAUAGUAUUGAGAAAAAUCAUUUUGAUAGUAUUCAAAAUGAUCCCCUUGAAGAAAAGGAAGAAUUAAUGAAUACAUAUAAAAAAGGUCAUUCUUUUAAUAAAGUUAAAGAAUUAUAUGAACAAGAGAGUUUAGAUAUAUAUAAUAAAAAGAAUUUAGAUUUUAAUUCGAGAUCUCAUUAUAAUGCUUAUUCUGUUUUUAAUGAAAAGGAACCUACCCUAAAAUAUAAUGCAACUAAUAUAACACAAUUAUUAACAUCUCUAUUUGGUUUUAGAAAUAGAGAUGAUAAAUAUUCAUUAAAUAAAAAACAAAGCAUGUGUUCUUUAUUAACUUCUAAGAAAUCAUAUUCGAAUAUUAUUUCCCUUAAAGAUUAUUUACAAAGACAAUAUGAAAUAAUUAUUAAACCUAGUGAAAAUAUAACAUCUUUUGUUAAAAGCCAUGUCAUAAAAAUAAAUGUGCCAUUAUUAAAUUUUUUGAAAAAAAUAACAAAUCUUUCAAAUAUCAAAAUUCAAUUAUCUUUGAAACUAUGUAAUAAUGACCUUAAUAAAUCAUUAAAUUUUAUUGUCUGUACGUGGGGAAUUAAUAUAUUAAAAAAAAAAAGUCCUGCGAAAUAUUCCUCUAGUUGGAAUCAAAUACCAGAAUAUCGUAGAGAGUUCAAAAAAAUUUUAGGAUAUCAUAAUUUUAGUAGUAAAUCAUCUCUUGACACAUCUAAAUGUGUAAAUAAAUUAGAUAGUGUAAGUGAAAUGGAUAGUACUAAUUAUACGAAUAUUUCCUACUACAAAAUGUUAAAGGAUGUUAAAAGUUUGUAUGAUGAAGGUUCAAAAAAAAGAAUACAUACAGAUGAAUGUAUUUAUCGAAUUGAAGAUGAAGAAGAAGAAGAAAAAAAAAAAAACAAACAAGAAAUUAAUAAUAAUUAUAUUUUAUCUCUUUUAAGAAAAAAAGAGAAAAACGAAAUAGGGAAACGUAUAAUAGAUAGGAAAGAAAAAAUAAAAGAUGAAAAAGAAACGGAUUAUAGUCCUAAGGAUACAUCAUCUGAAGUUAGUACAAGUACAGAUAUGAUGAAAUUUACACAAUUGUGUACAAACAAAAAGGAAAACAAGGAAAAAGAAGAUAAUCACGUACAUCGUAAAAUAACCAAAUCUGAUAUUAUUACAAAUAAAAAAGAGAAACAUGACGUAAAUAAUAUAGAAGAGAUACAAAAGAAUGAUACAGAUAUAUUGAUAAAUAAUGAUGUGAAUAAAAAUAAGAGUGAUAUGUUGAAACGUGCUGAUAAUUAUAUUAUUAGUAAUAAUAAUAAUAAUAAUAUUUCUUUAAAAAAAACAAUUGGAGAAAGUAGCUUUUUUUAUGCUAAAUUACCAAGUGGGGAACUUAUCAAAUUAAAAGUAAACGAUUCGGUGGAAUUAAGUACUCAUGAUAGCAUGCCAUUAUUGUUAGUUGAACCCAUAGAUGAUAUAACCGAUGAAAUGAAAAAGGAGAUAACCGAAUGGAACUCUCUUUCAAAAAUGAACUCUCAAACGUCUAGUAAAGAAAAUACAAUGAGUGAUAAUAAUAAUUUACAUAAAGAUUAUCUUAUUAACGAUUUAGAAGUAAUGUACAAUAAAUUGAAUAAAAAGGGUAGUAUUGAAUCCACAUUUAGUAUGGAAAGUGAAAGAAGUGUAACUUCAAGAUUGUCCCCAUCUAUUCCUGGUGAAACAUUAACAUCUUUAGUAAAUGUGAAGGACAAAAAGGAAAUAAUCGUUGAAGAUAAAAGGGAAGUAAUAGAUGAAGAUAAAAAAAUAGAAACAGUUGAGGAGGGAACAAAAGAAUCAAAAAUUGAGGGCAAAAACGAAAUAAUAGAUGAAGAGAAAAAAGAAUCAAAAAUUGAGGGCAAAAACGAAAUAAUAGAUGAAGAGAAAAAAGAAUCAAAAAUUGAGGACAAAAAGGAAAUAAUAGAUGAAGAGAAAAAAGAAUCAAAAAUUGAGGACAAAAAGGAAAUAAUAGAUGAACAAAAAAUUGAUGAAAAACAAAAUAAUGUUACAAGUGAGGAGAACAAAGCUGCAAACGAUAAACAAAUUAAAGCCAAAGCUAUUGAAGCCUUACUUAAACAAUCAAAAGCAAAAAGACCCCCUCCACCAUUACCUGCUGCAUUAUUAAAAUCUGUCAAUGUUGCAAAGGAAAAACCUGAAAUGAAAGAAGAAGAAAUUGUAAAGACAGAAAAUAAUACGAAAUUAGCUUUUACAAAAAAAGGAGGGAAAAAAAUUCCAGCUCCUCCACCCUUUUUACUAAAAAAAAUGGGAGAUAAAUCCAAGUGUGUUUUAAAAAAAUGCCCAGAAGCUUUUGGUUUGAAAAAAGCAGCUAAAGUUCCAGAAAAACGUCCCCUAGGAAUAAAAUUACAUUGGCAAUUAUUACCUACUCAUAAAAUUGAAGGUACUGUUUUUAAUGAAAUAAAAACUCAAGAAGUAAAGUAUAAUUUAAUUGAUACGAAAGCGGUACAUAAAUUAUUUGCAAGGGUAAAAGGAGAAAAGAAGAUUAUAAAAAAAAGUGUAGAUGAUAAACAGGAAAAACCAGAAGAAAAAUUAGUUACCGUAUUAGAUAGGACAAGGGCACAAAAUAUUGGUAUUUUAUUAAGAUUUCCAAUGAGUACUCAAGAAAUUGUUGAUAAAAUUAAUUCUUUUGAUCUGACGGAUUUGAAUGUAGACUUUUUACAAAAAGUAUUACAUAUUAUUCCAUCAAAAGAAGAAUGUGACGGUAUAUUACAAAAAUUAGAAAAUGAAAAAAUAAAAACAGAACAAUUCAGAGAUGUUGAAAGGAAAUUAAUACCAUUUGUAUAUCUAGAUAAAUGUCAAAGUAAAAUACAAAUAUGUUUAUUUUCUUUAAAAUAUGAUAAAAUGAUUAAUGAAAUAAAUAAAGAUUUAGAUAUAUAUGAUAAAGCUGUAAAAGAAGUUAGAUCCAGUAUACGAUUAAGAUCUUUAUUAAAAGCUGUUUUAAAAUGGGGAAAUUAUGUAAAUUAUGGUAUAAAUGAUAAUGAAGAUUUAGUUGCUUUAGGAUUUACUUUAUCAUCUGUUUUAAAAUUAAGUGAAUUUAAAUCUUCCAUUGAUAGUAAAAUAACAUCUUUACAUUAUAUUACCGUAACCUUAUGUAUGUAUCUUCCAAAUCUAAAUAUGAACUUAUUAGAAAAUGAUUUGUUAUCUGUUUUGACAGCAUCAAAAAUGUCUUCGGAAUCUAUAGAUAUUAUUUUCUCUUCCUUAGAAAAAGAAAUUACUUAUAUUAAGGGGCAAUUAAAAACCAACUAUGAAGAAAAAUUUAAGGAAAAAAUGGUAUCCUUAUUAGAGGAUAGUGAACAAAAAUAUAAUACAGCACAAAAACAAUAUGAACAAACUAAAAAAGAUGUUAAGGAAUUAGGUAUAUAUUUAGGUGAAGAUAUGCCAAAGAAUGGUAAUUUAGAAAAUAUUUUUAUAAUCUUAUCAUCAAUUGUAGAUAGCUUUACAAAAUGUUAUAAAGAUAUUUUAGCUAACCCGAAAAAAUUUUCAAUCAUGUUAAAUGAAGAAAGCUUGUUAGAUGAUUAUUAUAAUGUUUUCUGUAAAGGUAAAAAACGACCUAUCAUAAAAAUGAAUAGUAUUUCUACAAAUUCAGAUACCAAAGAAGACGAUAUGAUCAAAAAUAAAAGUAUCCCAGAUAUUAAAAUAAAAAUUAAUAAAUCAAAAAGUGUCAGUGUAAAAAAAAAUGACCACGGUAAAAGUACCAUGUUUCAACUAAGAAAUCAAUUAAUGCAAGAUAUACAAAAUAGAUCCAUUUUAAAAAAAUCAUUGGUAUUUCCUAAUACAUCAGAAAAUGAAUCUUCUUCGAUUCAACCUUCUCAGCAAAAUGGAGUGGAUAAUAGUAUAGCAAAAAAGGAAGCUGAACAAAAUAUUAAAAAGGAAGAAGAAUUAAAAAGUGAUAAUGGCAUCAAAAUAAAGGAAGUCCAAACGUUAAAUGACGAAAGUAAAAAUGUAAAUGUUAAUAACACGAUGAAUGAUGUGGUAACUGUGGAAAAUAAGUCUGAUGAGAAGCAAAAUAAAGAUAUCAAAGUGGAAGAUAUAAAAAAUACAUAA